CACGGCGGGCGGUGGGUGGCGGCUGCUUGUCCCCGCCGACCAUGGGCGGGUGGCCGGGCCUGCGGCCGGACUGCGAGGCGCUGCUCCGCCGGUUCCAGGAGGCCGAGAGCGUCCGCUACGAGGAUUUCGUCUCCGUGUGGAGAGAGAAGCGCUUCCACACCAUUUUCUACGGGAAGAUCAGGACUCUGGAGCAGAUCAAGUUCACCAGAGAAGCGUUGGCUCUGGUGUGGCCGUACUUCUUGCCCCCCUACACGUUCCAGAUUCGCGUGGGCGCCCUUUACCUUCUGUACGGCCUGUACAACACUCAGCUGUGUCAGCCCAAGGAAAAGAUUCGGGUUGCCCUCAAAGAUUGGUCUGAAGUCGCUAAAUUCCAGCAGGAGCUGUUGGAGGCAGAGCAUUACGAUGCAGCGUAUAUCUUCAGAAAGCUUCGGAUGGACAGAGCAUUCUUCUUUACUGCCAUGCCUAAAUUUCUUUCCUUUAGGACAAAAAAGAAAAUGCAUGAGAGGACUGAGAUGAAGACUGAAUUCAGGGAUCCAACUGACCGAGUUGCCAUGCUGAACCCAGAUGACUUCUUAGAGGAAGCGAAGAACGUUCAUGACCAUUAUCAAAAAAUGAAGUGUCUGAUCUCUGUGGAUCAAAGCCAUCCAGAUAAGGCUAUUGAUCUGAUAAAAGAUGACUUCAUAGCCAAUUUCAAGGAUAUAAUUUCAGAAUAUCAGCGUUGGCAAAAGAAUAAGAUGGAGCCCGCCUUGGCCACUCUGGAUGAAGAAGCGACGAAUGAAAGGAAAGCUUUCUCGCAGGAGUCAGAAGGUUCCAAAAGAGCCAGAGCAUUAACUGAGAUCAAAUCCCGGUCAUACUCUGCAGUCGCUCCAGUUUCCAGGUCCAGGCGUCAUCGCCAAGUUAGGCUGGCGCCUUCUGAGACGGGGUCAGAUCACAGGAAAACUGCAUCGCCAAGAGCUAAGCGGGCCACAAACAUGUUACAGCCAACCAAAAGGACAGAGACUCUACAAAACAAAGGAACAUUGCAAGCAAUAAAGGACCCAGGUGUUAAGACGACCCUGAGCAUGCCUGUGAUUUCCGAGGGUGAUGCUGAAGACGAUGACGAUUAUGACAAUGACCGUUCUAGUGAUGAAGAUUUCGUACUUCCUAAGUGGAAAGGGACUUGUUGAGAGUUCAUUCAAAUGGACAAUGCCAUGCAUGCAGUGGCGCUGUGUAAAAGAAAUGUGUCUCCAGCCAACGGAAGAGGUUGCCCAGGUGCCUCAGAGCCAAACUGGGAAACUGCACAUGCCUGUACUCAUGAGCUGUGAGGGCAAAGGACUGCUCCACAAAGUGACGAUUGAGAAGAAUAUGUGCGAGGCGGCAUAGUUGUAUAUGUUGCGGAAGGUAUUUCGUUCUCCUUUGCCUUUACAAAUGCUGAGAAGCUGUUGUUCGUUUAUUGUCACAUGAAUAGCUCAUCCACAUUUAAAACAGGCUUUUGAAAAAAAGCAUUCGUUUUAGCAUGUUAAUUAAAUGGAAGAAUGUGUUGUUUUUGUCCUGAUGGUUUGUAAAAUCACUAUGUAAAAUAGAUUCAUUAAAUGAUAGUUCUUUUUGCAA